GCGAGCCUUUCGCUCCGGAGUGUGUGAGUGUUGGCGGUGCCGCGCUGUCCGCGUUCUCUCUUCCCGGUGCGAGCCAGCCGCAGUGUCCACCGGCGAGGAGUGCCCCCGGCAGCGAGCAGGGCGGACGGGCGGAGACCCGGGCGCGGGCUGCGGCCGGGCUGGGCCGCUCUGCCGCGGGCUGGCGGCUCUGCUCCUCCGCUUGCUGCUGUGUCUGGGAGCCGGCUGCCAGCACUGAGGCGUCUCCGGCGGACCGCGACCCCCUGCCCCGGCUCCCCUGGCCGCCCUGCCGGGGAGGGCGGAAGAUGCCGGUGAAGAAGAAGAGAAAAUCCCCUGGGGUGGCAGCGGCAGUGGCGGAAGACGGAGGCCUCAAGAAGUGUAAAAUCUCCAGCUAUUGCAGAUCCCAACCCCCUGCUAGACUAAUAAGUGGAGAGGAACAUUUUUCAAGCAAGAAGUGCCUGGCUUGGUUUUAUGAGUAUGCAGGUCCUGAUGAAGUUGUAGGGCCAGAAGGAAUGGAAAAAUUUUGUGAAGACAUUGGUGUUGAACCUGAAAAUAUUAUUAUGUUAGUUUUAGCGUGGAAAUUGGAGGCUGAAAGCAUGGGAUUUUUUACCAAGGAAGAAUGGUUAAAGGGGAUGACUUCAUUACAGUGUGACUGCACAGAAAAGUUACAGAACAAAUUUGACUUUUUGCGCUCACAGUUGAAUGAUAUUUCUUCGUUUAAGAAUAUCUACAGAUAUGCCUUUGAUUUUGCAAGGGAUAAAGAUCAGAGAAGCCUUGAUAUUGAUACCGCAAAGUCUAUGCUAGCUCUUCUGCUUGGAAGGACAUGGCCAUUGUUCUCAGUAUUUUACCAGUACCUGGAGCAAUCAAAGUAUCGUGUUAUGAACAAAGAUCAGUGGUACAACGUAUUAGAAUUCAGCAGAACUGUCCAUGCCGAUCUUAGUAACUAUGAUGAAGAUGGUGCUUGGCCUGUUCUUCUCGAUGAAUUUGUUGAGUGGCAAAAAAUCCGUCAAACAUCAUAGCAAGAACUAAUGUGAAGAAAAUGCAAACCUUUUGGCAUCCAUGUGUACACAGGCUAACAAGACGAGGAAAAAAUCCAAAGGGUGCAUUUUCAUUCAUAUGAAAGACUUCUCAUAGUACUUUUUUUUCCUUUUUUUUAAAGGAAGUUUUCUUGUUACAUGUGAUGGGCAUUGAGCCACACCUCUUCUGAGACUGAAUAUUGAAGCUUUUGUUUUGAGUUAUGUUUAUAACAUUUAUUUCAGAACAAUAAAGAUUCAGAUUUGUGACAAAGGCCUUAAAGUGAA